AUGAGAGGCAAUCCAAGAAGUUUAGAAGAAUGGUUGUAUUUGAAGUUACUAAAUAGUGCACGAUUUCAACGUUUUGUGCGAAGAAUAUAUAAUAAGGUUAAUGGUAUAAAAGAUACACCUUAUGUUCAUGAAGAGACUGCAUCUGAAUUCUUAUAUAAACCUACAGCUGGUCAGAGGUUCAAGGCAUUUCGAGUAAUAUUUUGGGAUGAGAUUAAGAAAUCAUUUGGGUUCCCAGGCAAUAAGAAUAAGCCAUUCAAAUGA